GACUAGUUGUGUCUUGUGUAGCAUUGAGAGCGGGUCUUCUCUUUCUCUCUCUACCUAUUUCAGCUUUUUCCUUUGCGCCUUUUUAUCAGGCUACAAGACCCACUUCAUUCUCCACUUCAAUCUUGCUAAACUUCCAUUUAUUUUUUUGUUCCAUGGAGCUCUAGGAAGAGUUUCCAAGCCACCCAUUUUAGCCUUGUGGGAUUCUGAGCUUCUCUGCUCAAUCUUCUUCCCUCCCUCAAAAAGAUUUGGGGAUUCCUACUCAUUCUAGCCUGUUGUGGAUCUGUGUUGCUGGUGGUGGUGAUUGUACUGAGUGUAUUGGAUUUAUGUCGAGUACAUCCCCUAGAGAUUACUAUUUCCUUGUUGGAGCUCAGAAGCUCUGGCUUUUCAUAUUUUGCGUUGUUGUAGCAUUCAUUCUCUUUCGGCGCUGGUGGUAUUGUGGCCUGGCCUCCUUUUCUGCAAUCAGGAAUCUCAGACUCCCCUUGUGUUCCUGCUUCUCCAUUGCACAGUGAGUGUUGCUGGUCUAAGCUAUGCAGAAGAGGACUUGGCGAUUUUGGGAAGUUGAAAUCAGAGGUUCUGUUCAUUGGUAUUCACAUUCUCAAAUAGCAAGUGUGUGAUUGAGGAUUCAAAUUACAAGACAAAGAUGCCUGGAGCCCAGCUUUUUCCCCAGCCACUUUGUGCUGCUACAACUAAGGCUGUCAAGAAGGUGAAGAAGCAGAUUAAGGGUAAUACUAUCCAAGGUUGCACAGAAGACCACAUGUAUGACAGGCCAGUGGCCACUGUAACAAGAAAAGUGAGAGUAAUUUGCGCUGACCCAGAUGCUACAGACUAUUCAAGUGAUGAGGAUGCAGUUGUUCAUGAGCCUAAAAGAUUGGUUCAAGAGAUCCACAUUCCCAUAGACUGUCCGCCUGCUGCAUCAGAUUCUGAAAAGGAAUAUGAACUUCCCAGUUGCUCCAUGAAGUAUGAGUAUUCACCAAAAGAAUUCUGCACCCCUCGCCGUAUGAAAUCUAAGAAGACGACCAAAGGGAAGAAGGCUUCUAAGAAGGGACAAAAAAUGUUGCAAGCUUAUGAACGGUUCAAAGCUGGGAGAUUCACCAAAUCGAGCUCAGCAUUGAGGUCUUCUGCUAAGAAGACAUCCAAAUACAAGGGAGUUAGACAGAGGAGAUGGGGAAAAUGGGCUGCUGAGAUAAGAGAUCCAUUAAGAGGAGUCAGAGUGUGGUUGGGUACUUUUAAUACGGCAGAAGAGGCUGCUAAGGCUUAUGACAUGGCAGCUAAGAAAUUUAAAGGUACCUCUGCUCCCAAUAACUUUGUCUGGUCUUCAUUUGCUUCACAGAGAAAUACUGGAGCUUCACAUAAGAAGCAGAUCUAUGGUACACCCUGCACAGGGCUCAAUUCAGUUGUGACAAGGUCUGCUGCAAAUGGCAAGACGAAGCCCAAUACAAUGGAAAGCUGUUUGGCAUCAUCUUCCGCUUCUUUUUCCUGUAUCUCGGAAGAAGCUUCUGAUGUGGAGUGGAUACCAAAUCAAGCUCCAGUUAUGGAAGCCUCUGCAUCCGCAUCUGCUUCAUUGGUUGAUGAUCUUGGAUCUGAAGAUGCAGGAUGCUCUCGCAUGAUUGAGUGCAGUACAUCUUGCAGCUUCUCUUCAGAUUUCUUACCUGAUUAUUUGGACGACAAUGCCUAUCAAUGUUCUAGUGAAGAACUCUUGCUAGAGUUGGACAAUUGCAAUGUCUUAGAAGAUGCUUCUCUAGAUCUCAGCAACUUGGAGCAGCAGCAUGACAUAGCAACUGAAGAUAAUCCUCCUCUUGUGGAUUUCUUCAUACCUCCUAUCAGCGAGGAACAAUGUUACAGUGCACUGGAGUCAUCAUAUGGUGAUUUUUCAUGUCAUGAUUUGUAUUUCUUGAAUGAGUUUGGGCAAGUUUUUGAGAUGGAUCAUGCUGGUCCUGCUCCGGGAUUGCUUUCCUUUCCAGAUUCUCUUGAUCUUCUAGAUGAAGAGAAUGAUAUCUCUGGUUUAAAUGACCUGCUGGAAAAAGAGAAUUUCAUUCCCAGCUUAAAUUUUGAUUUAGGCUCUGAAGCUCUGAGCUGGAUAAAUGUCUGAUAUUUGAAAAUAAGCUCAGGUGGGUUUGGGCGAUUUUGUAGAUUAGUAUCUCAGAGUAAUUCUCAGCAGCCUGUUUUCCCGAGACGAUCUUUUGAGCUUCUGUGAGAUAUAUUGACCAAGGUGACAGUCCUUGGCUACGGUGGAUUGUUUAUUUUUUAGUAUGUAAUACUAUGAGUUUUGGUUAGGAUGGUAGUAUAUUUCAAAGAACGGAAGAAGAGUCAUGAGUGAGAAUGAAUACGGUAUUGCCAGUCGGUGACUUGGGUUUUCUUUGUGCUUUAGAGCCCUCCAAGUCAUUGACUGUGCUUCCUUCUAAGAAGGAGAAAUUGUGCCUUAGCCUUUUAUCUCUUGUACUGUGUGGUUUAGUGAAUAGGUUAUUCUUUAUACUUCGUAUCCAUGGUUGAAUCAAAGAAAUGUAUGUGUGAGCAUGAAAAGAGUUUCUUGUUCGCAAACAAUUAAUACAAGAUGGAUGAUAUAUUUAUGAAGAUUUUGAAA